AUGUUCUGAUCUGUCUCUCCGCCGUUAUGGGAUUAUUAUCACACAUCGACAGGAUCUGAAUGAAUGUGGAAACAUAAAGGCUACUUUUACAAAUGAAGUCUUGGGUUUACAUGUUUAGAUAGCAGUUCCUCUCAAAACCAUCUGUACAGACAUCGCAAUAACGUGUAAGAGGUUUGGGUACCAUAUGAGAACAGUGGAGCUGAUCACUCAAACUGUACUGCGGAGUACACCGAGACCAAGGGACACUUUACAAUGCCAGUACUACCAAGUCAGGAGAUUGCCACCAGAUUCAAGGAGAAAUGGAUGAAGCUUCACCCAGAAGACCAAGACAAUGUGAAUGGUUCAGUGCACCUGGAUGACAGUCUCACCAGCCUCCAAUGGCUCCAGGACUUCACUAUAGUCAGUGCGAGUCUAGAAAGCCUACCGGGCUCCACUUGCCAGCCGUACCACCUGCCUCAUCCCAGCCACCUGCACCCUCAGGGCUCCGACUCGCCCUCCAGUCCACCUGCUGGGGACACUGCAGCCUCCGGCAUGCCUCAGAGUGCAGGCAGCCCCAUCACCUCCAGUGCCUCAGCCAACAGGACCAGUUACUACUCACUUCACCCGACAGUGACCAACAACCACCAGAUCCCUGUGCCAGCCAAGUCUCUGGAGGAGGUAGACUUCAAGACCAACCACGAGGUGAAGCCUCCCUACUCCUACGCCACACUGAUCUGCAUGGCCAUGCAGGCCGGCAAGAAGAACAAGAUCACACUGUCCGCUAUCUAUAACUGGAUCACAGAGAACUUCUGCUACUACAGACGUGCUGAGACCAGCUGGCAGAACUCUAUCCGUCAUAACCUGUCACUCAACAAGUGCUUCAUGAAGGUUCCCAGGCAGAAGAAUGAACCAGGAAAAGGGGGAUUCUGGCAGAUUGACCCUCAGUACGCAGACAUGUUUGUCAAUGGAGUCUUCAAGCGCAGGCGGAUGCCAGCCAUCCAUUUCAACACCCAGAGACACAGAAAAACCCAAGGAUCAUCCCGUAACCGAAAAACCCAGGAGUACCACCAGCAUUUCCCCCAGGCCCACUACACAGUGUCCCACAGAGGGGCAGGUGCUGGGAACAGACACAAACUUAGUGGCACAAAGUGGGAGACAGUCCACAUGUCACCACUGUUGACACCGGAUCUCAUGGAACCAGAGGCACUGAAGGGUGAACUAGACUGGGCCAUGGUGUUUGACGAUGUUCUGAAUGGGAGCAGCAAUAACUUUGAGGAUCUAGACAUUAACCUAGCUCUGAACUCCCUGGGCUGUAAGGUGGAGCUCUCCCAGCAGGAUCAAGGCCGGGGCUGGCACCUGGGGAAGUGGUGCAGCGGAGGGGCUGACCGGGACCACCAGCAGGGCUGCAGGUACAUGGAGGUGACCACCAUGGGCUGCUACAGCAUGGAGGAGAUCCAGCAGCACCUCAACCUGACUGGGCUGCAGCAGCCGCUCCCUUUGGCGGUCCACCCACAGCACUUUGAGGAGCUGACACUGUUCCCUGAUGAGCAGCAGAGGCACCCUUGGGAAGAGCUGAAAGAGGAGGUGCAGGCAGUGCCUAUCACCCUGGACCAUAGUCUCAGCUUCUGUGAAGGCUUCUUCACUGAGAUGCAGCCAUGGAGGACAGCAGAGUCUUAUAUGUGACACCCAGCCCCAGCCCCAAUACUGAACAAGCACUCCAGCAGGAGGCCAGAGGACCUAUAGACUACUGUUUUGCUACAUUAGCAUUAUGGAUUCAUUCAGAGAAACAUACGUUCAUAGAUUUUUUUUUUUAUCUGAGUCACAUUUACUGUGUUUUUUAUGUGCAUUUUCUAUUUGCUUUUUGAUUGAUUGUGUCUAUGAACUAACAUGCUGUUUUUAUUGUAGUAUUGAAUGUCUGUUAUAGAACAAAAUAAAUCUAUCCUAAUUAGCAACCACUUCAUUCCAAAAAUCUAUACACUAAAAUCUAUACACCGGUCAAAAGUUUUA